AUGGUAGGAAGAGCGGAGCGAACGCGGCUCAGGUGCGGCAGCAGCGCCGGCGAUGCCCGGGCAGGACAGGGCAGGGCAGGAACCGCCGGCAAACCGGCAUUUGGGCACGGCCAGCGCCCCGGAGCCCAGCGCCGCUGGAGCCCAGCGCCACUGAACCCCCUGAGCCCAGCGUCCCGGAGCCCCCAGAGCCCAGCGCCCCCCGAGCCCAGCGCCCCUGAACCCCCUGAGCCCAGCGUCCCGGAGCCCCCCGAGCCCAGCGCCACUGAACCCCCUGAGCCCAGCGUCCCGGAGCCCCCCGAGCCCAGCGCCACUGAACCCCCUGAGCCCAGCGCCGCUGGAGCCCCCCGAGCCCAGCGCCCCCCGAACCCAGCGCCCCCAGAGCCCAGCGCCGCUGGAGCCCCCGGAGCCCAGCGCCCCCGGAGCCCAGCGCCACUGAACCCCCUGAGCCCAGCGUCCCGGAGCCCCCCGAGCCCAGCGCCCCCCGAGCCCAGCGCCACUGAACCCCCUGAGCCCAGCGCCCCCCGAGCCCAGCGCCGCUGGAGCCCCCCAGCCCAGCGCCCCCGGAGCCCAGCGCCACUGAACCCCCCGAGCCCAGCGCCCCCCGAACCCAGCGCCCCCAGAGCCCAGCGCCGCUGGAGCCCCCCAGCCCAGCGCCCCCAGAGCCCAGCGCCACUGAACCCCCAGAGCCCAGCGCCACUGAACCCCCCGAGCCCAGCGCCCCCAGAGCCCAGCGCCACUGAACCCCCUGAGCCCAGCGCCCCCCGAGCCCAGCGCCGCUGGAGCCCCCCGAGCCCAGCGCCCCCCAAGCCCAGUGUCCCAGAGCCCCCCGAGCCCAACGUCCCGGAGCUCAGCACCCCGGAGCCCCCAGAGCCCAGCGCCCCCAGAGCCCCCCGAGUGCCCCGGAGCCCAGCGCCCCGGAGCCCCCCAAGCCCAGCGCCCCCAGAGCCCCCAGAGCCCAGCGCCCCCGAGCCCAGCGCCCCCAGAGCCCAGCGUCCCCAGAGCCCCCCGAGCCCAGCACCUCCGGUGCCCAGUGCCCCUGAACCCCCUGAGCCCAGCACCCCCGAGCCCAGCACCCCCGAGCCCAGCGGCCCCGAGCUCGGCGCCCCGGAACCCCCUGAGCCCCCGGAGCCCAGCGCCCCAGCGCCCCCGAGCCCCCAAAGCCCAGCACCCCGGAGCCCCCAAGCCCAGCACCCCGGAGCUCAGCGCCCCCGGAGCCCCCCGAGCGCCCCAGAGCCCAGCGCCGCCGAGGCCCCCGAGUGCCCCGGAGCCCCCCGAGCCCAGCGCCGCCGGGGCUGCGCCGUGCCGGGCACCGGGGAUUCGCUGGGCUCGCCCCGAUCCUGCUCUGAGCACCGCAGGGGAACCGGAGCGGGAUAA